CGCGAGCGCUGCUGGCUGCCUCUCAGCAACACGGAAAGUUCCUUCUCCUUCUUCGUCUCCAUUCUCGUACGUACGCCCACGUACUUCCCUCUCUCUCUCUCUCUCUCUCUAUAUCCUCCACUUGCUGAGGCGAGGCGGCAAUCCGGAGCUGCCGGCCAAGCAUUACCCCCGCCUCUUCGGCCUUCUCGCUCUGUUUGUUGAUUCCUUUUCGAAGUCGCGGCCGCCCGGUUGGUGGUAAUUCGGUCGUGCGCUGUGUCCGGUGGUCGAGGUCUACUGGGUCGGGAUUCUCUGGCGGGUUUUGGGUCGCUCCGGUCGAGACGUUUUGGUUGCGCGGCGCGCUGGCUGAGUGAGCGGUGAGCUGUUGCGCAGGGCGGUGAAGUCAAGGGGGCGUGGUCUUUGGGGGAGUGGUGGUGGGGAGGGAGAAAAUUCGGGCUGCGGAUGAGGCGGAUCAAGGUUCGAGGCUUUUCAAAGCGUGGACGGCAAGUGUGAAGGGAGUGGAGUGUGUGAGAAAGGUUUCGUCUUUUGACCGGAGGGGUGGCUCCGAGGACUGACUUUGCAAGAGUUGACCUCGUGAGGUUUGAACGAAUUCUGGGUCGAUCAUUUCAUUUUGGUGUCUUGGUUUCUCUUGUUCGUGUGCUUGGCCGGCUGGAAUGACCGUCGGCGCAUGAACUUUCUUGCCUGAAGAAUCUUCCGAGGCCGCGGAGUUGGCAUUUCUUGCGGAAGCAGAUACAGAGGGAUCUUGAUCGGCUCUGAUGGCUCCAUUCCUCUCGCGUUCUGUUCUUAGUGUGUCUGCCUGGUAGUUGGAGAAGUUGGGUGGUUCCCCCUAAGGUUUUAGCUUCCCAUGACGGGUUUUGGAGGUACCUAAGGAUUCUAGAUGUCAAUUUCGGCGUUUACCCUGCUGUUGUUUGUGCAAUUUCUCAGAGCAUCGACUUCGGGGUUUGUUCUUGAGUCGAGGGUUUGCGGUGCCGAUCAGAUAGCAUAUUCGAGUUAUCUAGGUCGCGAGUUGUUUCUCAUCAAUGGGGGUGUAGUCGACAAACUUUUGUUCUGUGAGGCCCUCAAAUUCUACGGCACCAAUGGCUGCGACUUUGAGGAAUACCCUGGAGUAAUUCAAUGUGAACUCGACCUUCCACAGGGUGCUACUUAUAGCUCACACGCAAGUUCGCAUCUUAGUGGAGGAAGAAAGCUUUUGCAGCAAGGGACAAUAGACAAAUCUGCAAUGGAUCAUAAGAGUGAGCAGCCAGAACAUAACAGCCACAGUGAUGACAAAUUUCUAUCAACCUCCAAAAUUAUUGGCAUGGUAGUACCAGGAGCGUUUGCUGUCUGUUGUAUUUCGCUUUGUGCCUGGUUCUAUGGGAAAAGGAAGGCAACUGCUCACACAAUGCUUUCAAAAGACCUGAAUUCAAUGGAUUCGAUUUCCUCCUUUGACAGGAACUCUGUUUCAGAAAAGGUUUAUUCCCAAGAAAAGUUCCUGGGCAGCCCAGCUCGGGUGCCCCCUAGUCCAAUGAGGGUUCCCCAGAGUCCUAGAUUUUCAAUGUCCCCAUCUCCACGACUCAAUAGACUUGGAUCGCUGCAUCUCAAUUUCAAUCAGGUCACUAAAGCAACAAACAAUUUUUCACCUUCAUUACGAAUAGGGAAAGGAGGCUUCGGGACUGUCUACAGGGCAUCCCUAGAUGAGGGUCAGGUGGUUGCCAUUAAAAGAGCAAAGAGGGAGCAUUUUAAGGGAUUGCGAACUGAAUUUAGCAGUGAAGUUGAGCUUCUAGCCAAGAUUGAUCAUCGGAAUCUGGUGAGGCUGCUUGGGUAUGUUGAUAAUGGAGACGAACGCUUUAUCAUCACAGAGUAUGUGCCAAAUGGUACCCUAAGGGAACAUUUGGAUGGCCGUCGUGGUAGGAUUCUGGAUUUUAAUCAAAGACUUGAAAUCGCCAUCGACAUUGCUCAUGGCUUGACUUAUCUCCAUCUAUAUGCAGAAAGGCAAAUUAUCCAUCGCGAUGUAAAAUCAUCAAACAUCCUUCUGACGGAGACCUUGAGGGCUAAGGUAGCUGAUUUUGGAUUUGCAAGGCUUGGUGCUGUGGAUUCAGAUGAUUCUCAUGUCUCGACAAAUGUUAAAGGGACAGUUGGUUACCUAGACCCAGAGUAUAUGAGGACCUAUAAGCUUACUACCAAGAGUGAUGUGUACUCGUUUGGAGUUCUACUUGUAGAAAUGCUGACAGGCCGUCGCCCUGUUGAACUAAAGCGGCCUUUUGAAGAACGUGUGACACUUGUAUGGGCCUUCAAGAAGUUUGACGAGGGAGAGGUCGUUGACCUUGUGGAUCCAAGAUUGGAAGAAGUAGUUGAUGCAGGGAUACUUUUAAGGAUCUUUGGGUUGGCCAUUCAGUGUGCAGCACCCAUUCGGGCUGAUCGGCCUGAUAUGAAAGCAGUUGGCGAGCAGUUGUGGGCAAUCAGGGCAGACUAUGUUAAGACUGGAAGGAGGGGGAACUGAUCGAAAUCUGGUCAAGUAGGCCUGGUACGAAGCUGUUGGUGCACAGUUUAUUUAUUUACCCUUCUAAAGUAUUACACGCACCUUUUCUCCCCUUAAGGACAGCAGUAGUAGUUUAAUUUGCUAUUUGUGUAUAGAUGUAUUCCAUUGCAUUGUGUAUGGUCAUUUUAAGGGAAGAAAUAGUUCACCUUCUUUUGUGAAAAUUUGCUGUUCAAUGACAGAACUUUGCUGCAUUAAGUACUGAGAUAACUACGAGGAAAAGUUAAUAGCUUGCAGCACAUGGUCAUUGUUUCGUUUUA